GCCGCCAGGUGGCGUUGACAGAGGAAACUCUUUAAGCAUGGCCGACAGUUCUGAGCUACGAAUCCUCAACGGGGUCAAACCUCCGGACAGUGCGGCGGAAUCAGCCAAUGACCUCGCAAAAAAGUUACAGAAAACUAUGCUAAGGUUGAAGGGAGACUUCAUGACAGGGGAGGGUCGUGGCGUCAACUACACGGAACUGGCCAAGAGUGACGUGUUCCAGGAGUACAAGACACAGACGGCGCUGCUGCACAACGUGAGUCUGGAGACUCUCUCACAGAAUCAACUCAAAGCUUUCUUUAUCAACAUCUAUAAUGCAUUAACCAUCCACGGCUUAUCGGAGGAACUGGUGCUGCCAGACUCGGUGCUCAAAGUAAAUCAGUUCUGGAAGACUACAGCGUACAGGAUUGCAGGGCUGGUCUUCACUCUGGACGACAUUGAACAUGGGGUGCUCCGAGGCAACAGGGCGCAUCCUGCUUCCAUAGACCCACAGUUUGGUCCGAAGGAUCCCCGAUUGAAGUACACAAUGCUGACCCCUGACCCUCGGAUACACUUCGCCUUAGUAUGUGGGGCCAAGUCUUGCCCAGCCAUCCAGGUCUACACCGAGGACAACCUGGAGCGAGCGCUGGAGGGGGCGUGCAGGAACUUCUGUAAACAGGAAGUGUCCAUGUUCACGGAGAGUAACGAGAUCUGGUUGUCCAAGUUGUUCCAAUGGUAUCGAGAGGACUUCGGCAAGAUCGAUACGGAUGUCAUCAGGUGGGUGAUCCCUCACCUGGAGCCAGGCAUCCAAGACAGGGCCAACAUCCUGCUCCUGAAGCUGGAGACGCAAGGAACAGUUGCCGUCAAGUUCAAUGAAUAUGAUUGGUCACUCAACAAGUCAUGAUAGUACAACAUCUCUGAUUGGUUUCCAUGUCUGCAAUUUAUCCCAACCUAUUAUGUUUUAAUGUCAGCAAUAUCUGUGAUUUCUGCCUACAGCUGCCUUUGCAUAAAUUCCUGUAACCAUGGCAACAUGGUCUUUUGUAUCAAUACCUGACCUUGAGGGGGGAACCGGAGAGUUCAGAUUGUUCUGAGCCCAGGAGGACAGAGUAGUUGCCAAGGUGACAGACCUGUUUUGUGGCUGUGAUCCAGGUGCUUGCAUGAUGCACUUAUUGUACGCAUAGCCUUGCAUUGUUUGCAGUGACAGUGCAAUGCAUCAUCACUUCCAUGGUUUCCAUGGAGACACAGACUGCAGGCUUUGUCUGACUUUGACCCCUGCUGCCAAGGUCCAAGGUCAAAAUCAAAGUCACGGUCUUGAGGUGGAACAAUUUCAUUAAAACAUUUGUUUGUCAAAAAGUAUUUAAGGCUUUUAUCCUCAAGCUGAUGAUAACUAUACCUUCCUUUUAAGAUGGGGGCCCAGUUUUGAAAAGGUUUUUGUCAUGUGUAUCUCCACCACCAUUACCAACCAAACACUCGUCACCAUCCACAGCCCCCAUCACUACCCACACCACUACUAUCGAGAAAACACACCAGGGCAUUACAACCACACCUAGUCACCCUAGUCACCUACGCAAUCAGCCGCACCCCCACCUCCAUAGUCACCUAUGCAA